AUGGCCGGCCGGGGGCCUUCCUACAACCCCAUCGAGGAAGCAUACGCGCUGGCAAACACCAACAAUGGCAAUCUCUCAAAUUCCCAUCCCUCAGCGGUCCCUGUCUCUGCUGCAGACACGGUGAAAUCCUCCCAGCCAAUCCACGCACCCAGCCCUAGUAUAACACCGAAUCCCAGCCCCCCAACCGUUGUUGAAUCUGUUCCGUCACAUUCCACACCCCCCGGAGAGUCUUCCCUUGCCAACACUGCCCUUCACCGGGCGGCUCUGUACGGGCACGAGUCUGUCCUGGGGGUGCUGAUCAGUGCGGGCGCGGAUGCCUCGAUCGCCGAUAGCGCCGGGCUGACGCCCCUACAUCUCGCAGCGAUGGAGGGACACGCCCGCCUGGUGACGCUACUGUUGGACUCACCAACCGGCAGCGGCGUAAAUAUCAACGUGACAACACGGGAGGGUGAAACGGCGCUGCACCUGGCUGUCAAGCAUCAUCGGCCAGAAGUGGUGCAAGUGUUGCUGUGUCCGACACGCCGCCACGCUCUCCAGGUGGACGCGCAGGACUGGUUGGGCCGUACAGCCUUGCAUCUUGCCUGUGAGCGAAAUCGGCGUGAUCUGGUCGAAAUGCUGGUGCAAGCCGGGGCCCAGUUGAUGAUCCGCGAUCUCGAGGGGCAGACGCCCUUGCAUACCGCAUGUCUCGGCAAGAACAUGUAG